CAUCUACAGCGACGUCCCCGAUAAAUUCUAUACCUCCAUGGGAAUAUUACGCAAAACCGGUUGCAUUAACAUACCAGCUCGUUCAAAUUUCUUCUGACACGCCCACCACCAAGUUAGUGCAGGAGUGAGACGCUGUGAGACCAAACGGCUUCAAAAAGAUGGCAGAAGUUGUACACAUGAUUGACAGCGAGGUUUUCCUGGCCUUCUCCACAUAUGCAACCAUAGUCGUCCUCAAAAUGAUGCUCAUGAGCUUAAUGACCUCAUACUUUCGCUUGACUAAACAGGUUUUUUCAAACCUGGAGGACACCUCCUUGGUGAAGACCACAGAAGACAGGAAGAAGCUGGUCAGGGUUGAUUCGGAUGUGGAAAGAGUGCGACGGUGCCAUCUGAAUGACCUGGAAAACAUUGUUCCCUUUGUGGUGAUCGGUCUUCUGUAUGCACUCACCGGGCCAGAUCUCUCCACAGCUCUUUUGCACUUCCGGGUUUUUGUAGGGUCACGUUUCAUCCACACAGUUGCCUAUGUGAUGGCUCUGCCCCAGCCUACCAGAGGGCUUGCCUUUGGUGUGGGGCUGUUCACAACUUUUUCUAUGGCUUACCGGGUGCUCACCACAGCGCUUUUUCUCUGAUGGAUAACAUUCACUUCAUUAAAAACCAUUUAGUAUGAGCUGACAUGCUUUUUUACAAUGUUGCGUGAAAUAAAUAUGUUUAGGAAUAAUUCUAAUGAUGUUUUUUGUGUAUUCUAUUGGCUUUCAGUACCACAUUCCCAUGAAUGCACUUUAUAGAGUGAAUGAAAACGAAACAUACGGCCUAAUACUGCGGAUAAUAUUUAAUUAAUGUAAUCUUUAACUCCUGACACACAUUUCAGGAUGAGUCUAAAGCUUUGACUUGUACUGUACACUGUGUACUUUUUUGUUACUUAUUAAUCACGAAAAGACUUUGAGCAACAACUCAGAUAUUUAGGCCUAUUUAAGUUUGUGUGAAUUUUAACAGUUUCACAGAAGACAAGCAAAGGAAAAUGUUUAAUUUGCGAAGUACCAAAUUAGAAUUUGAAUGUUUAUUGUCAGCAAGGUUUAAAGAAAGUAUGAACAAUGACAAAAUGUUUUAAAAUGGAUUAAAUAAA